AUGGCCCUUGUAGCGUCGCCGCCGCCCGAGGAUGCUCUGACAGAGACUCAACAGGCUCGACUGGAUGAUCUAGACCGGGAGAUCGAGGCAGCUCGCUCGGCAUUGGCGAACCUCGAUCAACGCAACGACGUGCUUGCCGCGUCUUUGCUCGCUUCUGAUCAAAUCCAGCAACAACUGAGGCAGGAGCAAGGCUUUGCCGAUCACAUCGAACUUCUCGAUAAUCGCCUACAACAUUGUCAAACCAAUAUUCAUCGCCUAGCAUACGGCGUCACCACCUUUCCUUUCGUUGAUCCAGCUCCAGAUACAUCCAAUCGUCCACUCCUGGGCAUACGCUUCGACAUACAUCGCCGAGGAGGCUUCUACGGACCAGCCUACUAUAUUUUCUGCAAAAGAUCCGCCCAUGACGCUCAGGAGCUUACUUUGUUCAAGCAUACGCUGCCAGCCUUUAUCCCGGUAGAUCGUUAUCGCGAACGCUUCUUGCCAUUGGCGGAUGAAGGCUAUGGCUCGGAAGACUCUCUGCAAGGCACCACGACUCGACAGGAUGUUGAGGCUUUUGUUGGUCGGGUACGCAGCGACCUCGUUGGUUGGCAUCUACGGCAAGACGCCAUUGCGGCAACUCGAGAGAAACUCGGCCUCGACGCCGAUUCAGCUACGCGAGAUGACAACGCCACACAUGACAUCGUCUCAUUUGAGUCAGAAAGCCCGGACGCCAGUUACAUACGCCUGACGUGGCUCGAUGGACGAUUUGGCAGGCUUCGGCUUGGGAACAGUCUUCAUAUCGAAAAAGCGGUUGUCUUCGCGGAAGUCAAUGGUCAACAGCAGAGAGAUGACGAGACAGAGACUGCAAUCAUGGCUCAAAAUGCUACUCUUGCCACCCUGGCUGGCCGCCUGCAACUUCUGUAUCGCAGAAGAGAGUUGCGAGAUACAUGA